GGAAAACGCGAGAUUUGUAAUGUAGGAAAUUUUCUAGAAAUAUCACUUGAUUUCUCUUCUUUGCCUAUUGCUAACUCGCCUGAGUUAGCUGACACUUCUUAAAGAGAUGUCUUUGCGACCAAAGCGAGUAGACUUUGAUGCCACUUGGGCUGGACUGUUAGACACUGUUCAAGGUGUAAUAACAUGUGGCUCCGUAAAGAGAACUGUUUGGAUAGACAGAUAUUCUGAUGUGUAUGCAUUAUGUGUGGCCUACCCUGAACCUUUGGGAGAUAAACUCUACACUGAAACCAAGAACUUUCUGGAUGCUUAUGUGAAGGAUCUUCACAAGAAAGUCGGAAUAAGUGAUGAAAACUUGUUGGCUGCAUACCACAAACAUUGGGUUGACUUCAGCCAGGGCUCAACCUAUCUGAAUCAGCUGUAUGGGUACCUGAAUACCCAGUUCAUAAAGAAACAGAAGUGUACAGAGGCAGAUAUAAACUAUGGAGGUUUUGGUAUUGAAAUGUCAGAACACAUGCUGGAGAUUGGGGAGCUUGCUCUUGACACAUGGAAAAGAUUGAUGCUUAAGCCACUGAGACAGAAGCUUCUACAUCUAGUUUUAGCAGAGAUAAAACAUGACCGAACGGGACAAAGUGUGAACCAAUCAGUUCUCCAUGGAGUGAUCAACUCAUUUGUUGAAGUUGAACAAUACAAGAAAAAGUGUCCAUUGCAGUUAUAUGAAGAUAUGUUUGAGACUGCAUUCCUCGCGGAAACUGGGGAUUAUUACAAGCAAGAAGCCAGCAAAUUAUUGAACCUUCAUAACUGCUGUGAAUAUAUGGAAAAAGUCAUCCAUAGACUAGAUGAUGAGAACCUACGCAGUAGAAAGUUCUUACACGCAAGUUCAUAUCGGAAAGUAACUCAGGAGUGUGAACAGAGAAUGAUUGCUGAUCACCUUGAAUUCUUACAUAGUGAAUGCAAAUCAAUGGUGAAACAGGAACAGAAGAAAGAUUUGAGUAACAUGUAUCGCCUCUUGUGUCCUAUAAGUGGUGGACUAGGAGUCCUUAUACAAGAGGUGGAGUCCCACAUUAAACAUGUCUGCCUACAAGCUGUAUCAAAUCUAAAAGGAGAUAAUAUCCCUGCUCAAUUUGUUGAGAACAUCCUUAAAGUCCACACAGAUUACACAGAACUUGUCUCCAGUGUGUUCAAUGCUGACCAGCAAUUCACAGGAGCCCUUGAUAAGGCCUGUUCUGCUGCAAUAAACUACAGAGCAAGUACCAAAUCUCCAUGUAAAUCUCCUGAAAUGCUUGCCAAAUAUUGUGACACACUACUCAAGAAAAGUGCUAAGGGGAUGUCCGAGUCGGAAAUCGAUGAUAAACUAAAUGCUUCAGUAACAGUCUUUAAAUACUUGGAUGAUAAGGAUAUAUACCAGAGGUUCUAUGCGAGGAUGUUGGCUAGAAGACUUAUAUAUGGCCAGUCAGUCUCUAUGGAUGCUGAAGAAGCUGUUAUUAACAGACUCAAGCAAGCCUGUGGGUAUGAGUUCACUAACAAGUUACACAGAAUGUUCACAGAUAUGACAAUUAGUGGUGACUUGCAAAAUAAAUUCCACGACUUUAUCAAACAGGAUGAAAUAGAUCUAAAGACCAAUGUAUCAAUAUUGGUGUUACAGGCUGGUGCUUGGCCUAUUGGGCACAGUAAUCUACCAACAUUUGCUAUCCCUCAGGAACUGGAAAAAAGUGUUCGAAUGUUUGAACUAUUUUACAACAAAAAUUUCAAUGGCAGAAAAUUAACAUGGAUGCACAGUUUCUGCAAUGUUGACCUGAAAUUCAACUACCUAAAAAAGCCUUAUUUUGUGACCAUGGGAACAUUUCACAUGGCAAUCUUACUACCCUUCAAUGGGGCCACUUCUCAGUCAUUUAGGGACAUCUUAGAGUCCACCCAGCUACCGGAAAAAGAGCUUCAAAAGCAAGUGCAAGGAUUGGUAGAUGUCAAAAUUCUUACCAAAGAUAGUGCAGUAAUAGGACCAGACACUGUGUUCAGUCUGAAUAAAACAUACACAAACAAGAGAACUAAGUUCAAGAUUACAGCAGCGUCUCAGAAGGAAAGUCCCCAGGAGAUGGAACAGACGCACAAUGCUGCAGAGGAAGAUAGAAAAAUGUAUAUACAAGCUGCUAUAGUUCGCAUUAUGAAAUCCAGAAAAAUAUUGAAACACAACAUGCUCAUACAAGAGGUGAUAAGUCAGUCAAAAGCCAGAUUUGCACCGAACAUCAGUAUGAUUAAGAAAUGUAUAGAGGCUCUUAUAGACAAACAGUACAUUGAAAGAACUAAAGAAGCAGAUGAAUAUAGUUAUGUAGCUUAGAAUAUAUAAGUAGUCAGCCAUGUUGGCUACCUCCUUAUGGAAGAGCUCCUGUCCACCUCCACAAUGAAGAGCUCGGAGUUAGUUACAUCCAAGAGGAAUUAUCCCAGAAUGUAUCUCUGCGCUUCAUAAGAAAAAUGAUCCAAACACAGUGGACAUUAAUUAGAAUGCUGAGCAGUUAAUUAUGGGACAUAUGUACUCUGAGUCGAUGCAGCAUUGUGGUUUAUAAGGAUUCGGUACAUCUGAAUGUAGAUCUAACCUCGAUUAGAUGUAUGUGGCUGAUUUGCAGUUUGAUUCUAUCAAAUCUAGGAAAAAUAGUUCUGUCAGUGAAUGAAGCUAGCCAAGUCCAAGCAUAUGGUGGGAAUUAAGUAAUCUUAUUUCCUAAUUAAUUCUCAUCUAAUUUUUAAAAUUCACACAUUAUGUCAUACUGACCUUCAAAGAUAUUUAGUAUUUUAUUCAAUUCGGUGAAAAACAUUUUUGAUAUUUCUACUUGUCU